GUCAGAAUAUGAAGCGUGAGUCUGGAAGAAAAGUCCAGACUGGAAACAUCACUGCUGCUAAGACUAUUGCUGACAUCAUCCGGACGUGUUUAGGGCCAAGAGCGAUGAUGAAGAUGCUUUUGGACCCCAUGGGCGGGAUCGUGAUGACCAACGACGGCAACGCGAUUCUUAGAGAAAUCCAAGUCCAGCACCCGGCUGCAAAAUCCAUGAUCGAGAUCAGCCGGACUCAAGACGAAGAAGUCGGAGAUGGGACCACAUCUGUCAUUAUCCUGGCUGGAGAGAUGCUCUCUGUUGCCGAACACUUCCUCGAGCAGCAGAUGCACCCGACUGUGAUCAUCGGGGCUUAUCGUAAGGCUCUGGAUGACAUGAUCAGCAUCCUCAAGAAAAUCGGUACUCCGGUGGACGUGAACAACAAAGAGAUGAUGCUGAAAAUAAUCAAGAGCGCUAUAAACACCAAGGCCAUCAACCGCUGGUCCGACUUGGCCUGUAGCAUCGCCCUCGACGCCGUGAAGACCGUGGAGUUCGAGGAAAACGGCCGGAAGGAGAUUGAUAUUAAAAAAUAUGCCAAAGUGGAAAAGAUUCCGGGCGGUUUUUGCGAAGACUCCUGUGUUCUGCGUGGGAUCAUGGUGAAUAAAGAUGUAACUCACCCCAGGAUGCGGCGCCUGAUUAAGAAUCCGCGCAUCGUCCUCCUCGAUUGUUCCCUAGAGUACAAGAAAGGAGAGAGCCAGACCGACAUUGAAAUAACACGGGAGGAAGAUUUUGCCCGCAUCCUGCAGAUGGAGGAAGAGUACAUCCAGCAGAUCUGCGAGGAUCUGAUGAGAGUCAAACCUGAUCUGGUCAUCACUGAGAAAGGGAUUUCUGACUUGGCCCAGCACUACCUGAUGCGAGCCAACAUCACCGCCAUCCGCAGGGUGAGGAAGACCGACAACAACCGCAUCGCCAGGGCGUGCGGCGCUCGCAUCGUGAGUCGCACGGAUGAGCUGCGAGAGGAGGACGUGGGCACCAGAGCCAGGCUCUUUGAAGUGAAAAAAAUAGGAGACGAGUAUUUCGCCUUCAUCACCGACUGCAAAGAACCCAAGGCUUGCACCAUCAUCCUGCGGGGAGCCAGCAAGGAAAUCCUGGCGGAGGUGGAGCGGAACCUCCAGGACGCCAUGCAGGUGUGUCGCAACGUCCUCAUCGACCCGCAGCUCGUGCCGGGAGGGGGGGCCACCGAAAUGGCUGUCGCCCACGCGCUGACGGAGAAGUCCAAAGGCAUGACGGGCGUGGAGCAGUGGCCCUACCGGGCGGUGGCCCAAGCUCUGGAAGUCAUCCCUCGCACGCUGAUCCAGAACUGCGGCGCCAGCACCAUCCGCGUGCUCACCUCGCUGAGGGCCAAACACACCCAAGAGGGCAGCCAGACGUGGGGAGUGAACGGCGAGACCGGCGCCCUGGUUGACAUGAAGGAGCUGGGCAUCUGGGAGCCCUUGGCGGUCAAACUGCAGACCUACAAAACAGCUGUGGAG